AUGUGGUGUUACAUUCGCUUUUCUUCAUCUUUAUUCUCACUGUCUUAUAUUAGUAUUAUUUUUAUAAUUAAAAUAUACUUUUUAGCAUGCUUUCAACCAUUAGGCGUCUAUCUGCUGUAGCUGUGGUUACAUUUUUUCUGUCAAGCUUUGUCGACGCCGGUUUAUCUGGUUGCCCGAAGAAUUUGGCUAUCCAGUUGACCAACAUCUUCCAAAUUGGCGACAUCAAGUUUCAGUAUAGCAACUGUGAGCUGGACAACGAAGGCUACGGUUACGCAUCUGGUAUUGCAAAUUUUUGUACCGGCACCAGCGACACUUGGCCUGUAAUAAUGGCCUACCACUACCUUACGGGUGGAAACGACGAGUUUUCAAAGUACGACUCUGUGCUGGCCAAAAGAGCAGAAGACAAGGACGGGUCAGUUGUUGGGCUUGAGGGCUUUUGUGAGGUAUGGCAGAAUGCUUCGACAAACAAAAAUUUUAUUACCGCGCAAGACGCGGUCUAUGAUGAGCUUUACUUCAAGCCAUCCCAAAUAUUUGCUGAUGAGCUUGGGCUAAAGCUCAGUGUCAGCCAGGCUGCCAUGUAUGACACUGCCAUUUUACGGGGUGCUGGCGACUAUGUAGGCACCUUGGGCGGCAUCAUCAAGGAAACCAAUGAAAAAGUGACUGGUAACAAGCAAGGCGACUCCAAAAGCAGCCUCAAGAUUAAUGACUAUACCGUCGACGAAAUAGAGUGGCUGAAUAUGUUUUUGGACGUCAGGGCCAAUUACGACAAUAUUGGAGCAGCUGUAAACAUCAAGUCGUACAAGUACAUCAUUGAGCAGAAAGAGUAUUCUUGGAAACACAAUAUUAGCAUUCUUGAGAAUGGAGGUCAGCCUGGAAAUAUUACCUGUGACAAUUCUUAUAAUUCACAAUCGGAGCAAAUUGCCCAACCACUUGUCGCGUGUGGAAACUCGUGCUCAGAGCUUGGAAGCAGCAAGUAUAAAUCAUUUUCCAGCUCUGCCAGUGGAAUAAAUAGCUACGGACCGUAUGUACUGGCUCUGGGUGGUCUGGCAGCCCUUUUCAAUUAUUAUUUUUAAUUUUUGAAAGUGCUGGUAUAUAAAACGACAAGAGUAUAACGGUACUUUGCAAAUAUUGUCAAACGGCAGCUGCAUGUUGCUUUUAAUUGUAUUUGUUUGUUAGUUAAAUAUAUUGAUUAUAAAUUAAUUAGUAAAAAAGUAUUAAUAUAAGAAUAAUUAUGUUAAAAAUACAAUA